UUGGAGCAGCCUCAGUUUCUGGCCAAAGCAAUGGUCAAGGUGUCCUCUCCAAGCUGAGAGCACGCUGGUGACAAGGGGACACUGAGAUAUGUGUGAGCUCCCAGCUCCUUUUUUUUUUUUUUUGGAGUAAAAAUCACCACAUCCACAUUUUAGGAUUGAGGCAGCUCAUUAAUUGCACGUUAUGAGACCACAGUUAAUUACCUGUACAUUCGUGGCCACUGUUGUAUUAAAGACACAAUUUGAUCAGGGCUGACUGAGGAGAAACCACUCCAGAGGAAAAGUCUGGUCACUGAGAAUUUCCUGCUUUUUUAGCUCCUUGCUCUUCUAAUGUGCAUCAGGGAUUCUCUCCUUAUUUGAUUUGGGGUUUGUUGUGCUUUGAAUUAUCGUGAGAGCCAGGAGACAGGGAUUAGACCAUGAAGCUCAGAUCCCACAGCUCCUGGCAUGAAUAUUAAAGCUGCUGUCUUCCUGCCCUACAUAGCUGGUGGUGCUGGCUAGCCAGGCAGGGCUUCCAGAGCAUAAAGCAGGAGAAUUGCUCCCGAUCAUCAAAAAAAAAAAGAGAGAAAAAAAAAAUAGGUUGUGGGGUUUUCUAAGGAAAUGGAGGGAAAUGCUGAAGAAACAUAAAAUCAGGCUGGGUGCACAUCUGUGCAAUGGUCCUGGAGAGCUCCAGCCUGCUCCAGGAGGCCAUGAAUCCCCAGGAAUGCCUCCCUGAGGAUGGGCUUUGCUCACUGUCUCCUUCUGUGCCCUCCCUGCAGGCGUCCAGCACGAGGCCAGAGUGCAGCAUCAUGCAGGAGAUCGAGGAGGAGCGCAGCCAGUGCCUGGCAGAGCUGACCUGGGACAACCAGACCUCAGGCUGCAGGAGACAGUGGGACAACAUCACAUGCUGGCCCGAAGCAGAGGUGGGAGAAGUCGUGGUACGGCCAUGCCCCAAGUACUUCAGGUUCCUGACCUCCUUCCUGGGGAAUGUGACCAGGAAUUGUACAAGCCAGGGCUGGUCAGAUGUGUACCCUGCACCCUACACUGUGGCUUGUGGAUAUGAUUCCAACAGCACUCCGGGGGAAGAGCAAACGGCAUUUUAUGGAACGGUGAAGACCGGCUACACCAUCGGCCACACCCUAUCCCUCAUUGCCCUCACGGCUGCCAUGAUCAUUCUGUGUCUCUUCAGAAAACUACACUGUACUCGAAAUUACAUUCACAUGCACCUCUUCAUGUCCUUCAUCAUGAGAGCCAUUGCAGUCUUCAUAAAGGAUGUCAUCCUGUUUGAAAGUGGGGAGUCUGAGCACUGCUUCGUGAGUACAGUGGGCUGCAAGGCCAUGAUGGUUUUUUUCCAGUACUGUGUCAUGGCCAACUUCUUCUGGCUGCUGGUGGAGGGGUUGUACCUUCACACCCUGCUGGUGAUCUCCUUCUUCUCAGAGAGGAAGUACUUCUGGUGGUACAUCCUGAUCGGCUGGGGUGCCCCCUCCGUGUUCAUCACUGCCUGGACUAUAGUCAGGAUUUACUUUUUUGAUGUUGGGUGCUGGGAGGAAAUAGUGGAAUCCCCAUUCUGGUGGAUCAUUAAAACUCCUAUUUUGGUGUCUAUUUUGGUGAACUUCAUCCUCUUCAUCUGCAUCAUCCGUAUCUUAGUCCAGAAGCUGCAUUCCCCAGAUGUUGGGCACAACGAAACCAGCCAAUAUUCGAGGCUGGCCAAGUCCACUCUGCUGCUGAUCCCUCUCUUUGGCAUUCACUACAUCAUGUUUGCUUUCUUCCCCGACAAUUUCAAAGCAGAAGUGAAGCUGGUCUUUGAGCUCGUGGUUGGGUCAUUCCAGGGAUUUGUGGUGGCUGUUCUGUACUGCUUUCUCAAUGGAGAGGUGCAAGCUGAGCUCAAGAGGAAGUGGCGGAGGUGGCACCUGGAGAGGUUCCUGGGCUCGGACAUGAAGUACCACCACCCUUCCCUGGGCAGCAACGGCACCAACUUCAGCACCCAGAUCUCCAUGCUGACCAAGUGCUCGCCCAAGACUCGCCGCUGCUCCGGCUUCCAGGCUGAGUUCUCUCUGGUGUGA